UUAGAAGAUGGUACUUCUUGUUCCAAAAUUCAAUACAGAAUAAUCUGGAAAAAUCAAAACAAAAAGACUCUGUAGGGAAUCACAGGCUUAUUUUAAUGGAACUGUGCUUGUAUCAGGGUGAGAAGGUGAUUAGUGUUAAAUAGUGGACUUAGAUAUUUACAACUACUUCAAAUUUGCCCAUACAAGGAAGUUGAGUAUCUAUUUUUCCUUAUCUGUAGAUACAUUACCGAUCUAAACUGACGUAGUUAUAUUGGUAUAAUUUCCUUCUUUUUCUUCCUCUGCCUUGGAGAGGGCCAUGUAGCCAUGAGAAGCUUUUGAGAAUCCUGAGAUCCACCUCUCUCAAGAAAAUGUCAUUAUAUGUGCCAGAAAACCAGGGGAGUCUUGGCAAGAAGGAGGUAGUUCCAAAAGAAGACCCCCCACAGAGGAGACAACUGCAAACCCCACUAUAUCUGUCCACAGUUCAUCAUUCUUCCAAAAACUGAAUACAGACUUAGACUUCUAUUGCUUUCAGUGCACUGGCCUGUGUUUCCUUUAAAAUUACUUUAUCUAGGAAAUUACUUUAUCUAGGAAAACCUUGCUUUGAGAGGGAAGCAAAUUAGAAGCUACUGUGAGAGAAAUCCAAUGCAGGCUUUUGCUAGAGAUUUUGAGCCUAUGUGUCAGGGCUAAACAGUGAGUGUCUUAUGGGAGGGAGUUCUGAAGGAGCAUCAAUAACUUCUACUGCUGAUUAAGGAGCAAAUUGCUCUGAAUGCUAGUAGAUUUUUUGUUUGUGUCUCCAGUAUAUCCUUUCCUUGUGUUUUCACUGGAGUAAGUGGUUUUAAAUUCCAACACAGUCCUGUAUUUUUAUUUGUUCCUUUUUUACCAGUGCUGCCUGAGAGUUACAGCGUGAUGUUGCAUCUAAGCUAUUUCCAUCCUCUGUUGCCCUGAUCGUCUGCCUCCCUCACUACGAGGAUAUAGGAGAUUUGCUCCUAAUUAACUGAGUGCAAUUCUUGGCCAAAUGCACUCCAGAAAGAGCUCCUUCCUACCACUCAGCAACUCUUAUAAAAGAUCCAGCAGGUAGUGAAAUUUCCUUGCCUUUGAUGACUGACUGAGGAUGAGGCAACACAAAACUGUCAAGUGAAAGAAGACUCAAGGAGAAGAGAUGGGGAAAGGAAAAGGAAAGUGAAAUUCUAAGAUGCUGCUGGGAACUUUGAUCCCUUCCCUUAUAUCGCUUUCCCUGCGUAGAAAUGGAAAAGGCAUCCUGCUGCCCCCGGUGCGGAGUGGCUAGCGUGGGAAAGCAGAGCCCGGCAGCUGAACGAGAAUGUGAUGCUUGAGGAACCUUCUGCCCACUUUUUACAGGAGGGAUGGAGAUCUCCAAAAUACUCGGGCUCCUGGUGGAGCUCUCGAGUCUGCUAUCCUGUCUCAGAUGUGUGGAGGCUUUCCUGGGAUCCCAGCCCAACCAAAACCAUUUGCAGAGUGCAGCAUCCAGCGGGUGUGCUGUCGGACCCCUGGGCUAUUACAAUGGCUCGCUGGCGGUCACUGAGGCUGGGGCAGAGUGCCUCAACUGGGCAGAGUUCCCUGAUUAUGUCCAGCAGUACCCAGACCGUGGCCUGGGGGACCACAACCACUGCAGGAACCCAGAUGGGGGAACGACACCCUGGUGCUUCUACCGGCUCUCGUCAGGGGCCAUCGGCUGGUCCAACUGUGACUGUAACCAAGGUGCUGUGCGGUUGGCUGAAGAUAGUAGUGUGGAGCUGUACUUCAGUGGACUCUGGGGUACCAUCUGUGCUGACCAGUGGACUGACUGGGAUGCCAGUGUUGUCUGCAGGCAACUAGGUCUCAGUGAGAUCGGCACUGCUGGGAAGAAAAGUCAUCCUGGACCAUGGCCUGUUCCCCUGCACCUACAGUCAGCAAACUGCCAUGGGGAUGAGAAAGCUCUGCUGCAGUGUGGCUAUCAGGAAGCUGUGUCAGGAGCUUGUAAACAGGGGAGUGCCACGGUAACUUGUGUUCCUCCAGAAGGUGUAGGUGCCCCACUGCGUAUUGUUGGGGGGAAGGAGAGCUUUGAAGGGCGAGUGGAGGUUUACCACGAUGGCAAGUGGGGCACCAUCUGUGACGACCAGUGGGACGACCGGGAUGCUGAAGUAGUCUGUAGACAGCUGGGACUCAGUGGGACCCCAAAAGCCUUGUCGUGGGCUCACUAUGGGCAGGGAUCUGGCCCAAUCCUGCUGGAUGAAGUGCAGUGCUCAGGCAAUGAACUCUCACUUGACCAGUGCAAGAAGAGUGACUGGGGACAGCAAAACUGUGACCACAUUGAAGACGCCGGGGUCUCCUGUGACCCUUUCACAGAGGGCACUGUCAGGCUGGCUGGUGGCCGCAGCCCCAGCGAAGGCAGGGUAGAAGUUUAUUACAAUGGAGACUGGGGCACAGUUUGUGAUGAUGGCUGGACAGACCUUGGUGCCCAGGUGGUCUGCAGGCAGCUGGGCUUCAGUGGUCCUGCUGCCCUGGCCUCUGAAGGGGACUAUGCUGCUGGCCAAGGCUUUAUCUUACUGGAUGAUGUGGCAUGUGUGGGGACAGAGCUGUCCCUCCUGGACUGUCCCCACAGCAACUGGGGACAGCAUGACUGCUCACAUGCUGAAGAUCUGGGAGUCCGCUGUUCCCCAGAAAGCAACACAGUCAUGGAUGGCAGCCUGGGGCCUCCCGUACGGCUGGUGGAUGGAGAAAGCACCAAGGAGGGACGAGUUGAGGUGUUACUGAAUGGGCAGUGGGGCAGUGUCUGUGAUGAUGACUGGACGGACAGAGAUGCCACAGUGGUUUGCAGGCAACUGGGGUUCAGUGGUACCGCAAAAGCCAGAGCAAUGGCUUAUUUUGGUGAAGGCCAUGGGCCCAUCCAUCUGGACAACAUAGAAUGCAGUGGCACGGAGCACACCCUGGGGCAGUGUGCCAGGUCUGACACCAUGAUUCACAGCUGCUGGCACAGUGAGGAUGCUGGUGUGAUCUGUGACUACGUGGAAGAGAAGGUCCAAGAUAUCAGAAGAACAGGUCCAGAGUCUGGUGUGUGUGGGAUGCGCCUUCUCCACCGUCGCAAGAAAAGGAUCAUAGGUGGAAACAAGUCUCCCAGAGGUGGUUGGCCAUGGCAGGCCUCACUUCGGCUGAAGGGUUUUCGUAGAGAUACUCGUCUGCUGUGUGGGGCAACAGUGAUCAGCAGCUGCUGGGUGGUGACUGCAGCCCACUGCUUCAAAAGGUUCGGUGUUGAUGUGCGGCGCUACCUGCUGCGGGUGGGCGAUUACCACACAGGCGUGAAGGAUGAGUUUGAGAGGGAGCUGCCCGUGGAGCGGAUUGUCCUGCACAGGAACUACUGGGCUGGCAGCAAUGACAAUGACAUAGCCCUGGUCCGGGUGAGGGGCAGAGAAGGGCACUGUCUGUCCUUCAAUCGCCACGUUCUGCCCGUCUGCCUGCCCGACAGGAAAGAGAGGUCUGACAUCAACAGGCAAGCCUGUAUCAUCUCCGGCUGGGGAGACACAGGGAAGUCCUAUUCAAGAACGCUGCUGCAGGGGGUGGUGCCUCUUCUCCCACGGGAAGACUGUGAGGUCCGCUACGGGCAGAAGUUCACUAACCGCAUGAUUUGUGCCGGGAACCUCUCUGAAGAUAAACGAGUGGACAGCUGUCAAGGGGACAGUGGAGGGCCACUCAUGUGUCAGAGGUCAAAUGGGCGCUGGAUCAUUUUGGGCAUCACUUCCUGGGGGUAUGGCUGUGGUCGGAAGGAUUCACCCGGUGUGUACACAAAGGUCAGCAAAUUUGUACCCUGGAUCAAGAGAGUGACCAAGCUAAAAUGAAAAUGACUGGGCUCUAGGAACUUCAGCCUAUGGUCCUUUUGCCCUGCAGCAGCAGAAGGCUGUGGCUUCUGGUUGUGACUGAUGGAGAUUUAUUUUGUCAUUGGACACUGGCAAAGGACUUGGAUGUAGAACUGGAAGAAAACUGAUGCUUUAAAGUCUUUGAUUUCACUUUAGUCUGUAAUCUGUAAGCAGAGAAAGCAGGUGCACACUGGUAACAAUGAUAAGUAUACGUUGCCCUAAGUAUCUGAGUCCUGUAAUGCAGUGACACUUGUUCCUUUGCCCUGGCACACAGAAAUAGUAGAAGCAGAGAGAUACCUGCCACUGAAAAUCUAUUCCUGUUUGUAUGUUUGGACAGUUGAAAAAUGCUGCAAGGAGAGGUGUGAGAUGCUUGGAAGAUGGCACCGGGUGCUGGCAUAGUGGAAAUCUUCAGAUGUUUUUUCAUAACAGCUCUCUUCAAUUCCAGGAAUCAGAAGAUUUGAGCUGAGCUGGGGUUUUUUUCUUCCCUGUUAUGUCUCUAGGGGGAACCUUUUCUCUUCUGGAUAGUACGUCUGCUUCCAUAUGAUCCCUUUCAAGUGUCUGCCCCUGCUAAGAGAUGCUUGUCCUUUCUGCUGUAAUCCUCUGUCACACAUUUCUAGCUGCCAGAUGCUAUGUUUUUUUUGCUGCUUUCUCACUAUAGUGGUUCUUUGUGUGUGUUUGUUUUCUUGCUUCCUUAAAGUAGCAUCUCCUAGUUGUUGGUGUGGGAGUAAAUCUUCAUUUUUAAGAGACAGUAGGUUUCUUACCCUUAUGAUUACUGUGAAGAACUUAAAAAUAUGACCUCAAGUGGCUGAAUAGACAUGUUAUUUUUCUUUAAAUCCAAAUGUAAUGUUAAUCUCAAACAUUCAGGUGUUGAAUCAUGAUUUAACAGCACUGUGGGGACUUCCUCUUGGUAGCUUAAUCACCACAGUUAGUAGCUGCCCUUUACUUGUGCUGUUAGUCUUUAAUAUCUCUGUGUUCACAGUUCUCCCAUGAAACAUGGAAUUACUCCUGGGGUAUAGAUACACCUCAAGCAAAUUACUCACUCCUUGUGAAAAACAGUAAGUGUGCUGCAAAGCAGCUUCCUGCUUUCCUGAAGUGUGUCCUGUUCUUGAAACCUCUGGGCUAUUCGUUCUUUUUUUCUCUUCUUUGCACUAUCUCUCUUUUCAUUCCUCUCAUUAACUCAAGGGUAUGCAAGCACUGUCAUCAAGCUGUAGUUCUCAGCCUGAACAGAAAUAAUGCCGAGAAAAAGCAGGGAUUAUUGAAUACUUCAAUUUCUUCCUUCCAUCUCAUCCAAACAAAUGAACAGAGUUCCCUCUUAUGCCUUAAGCAGUUUUUAAAGUUAAUUUAUUAUUCUUGAGUAGGUAAAAAAAUAUAAAACUAGACAGAAGGGCUAAGUGCAUUAACAGCUGUGCAGUGCACAGUGUCUUCUCACUGUGUAUAGAUAAGCCAGAGAGAAGACAGGUCUGCUCAGGAGCAGAAAGCUUUGAUGUGUAACAAAGGACCUGAACAUGGAGUAAUAAUACAAGAUGGGACACGUGGAACUUGUGCCAGAUGUGCAUGUUUUGGGUUUGCUCAUGCACUGCAGGGUAGGCAAUCACUGGGUCUGGCACUGACCUGCUGCCUGGAAGGUCUGCACUCAAGGCACUGAGGUGUUCAGUAUCUAGGCAUUACAAAGGCAAGAACAGAGGGCAGAGCACAGCCUGUGGAUUAGCCUUGUCAUGUUACGGGGCAUGUGGUGACAGAGUUCUAGAAAUCACCUUGGAUUCAAUAAGUAGUGAUUGCCUAAAGCUUUAAUUUGUCUUCUGUAAAAUAGCUGACCUGGCUGAUUUUUGUGUGAGAAUGCUAAACUAAACAGUUCCAUUUACCCUCUGCAGGGGUUAUAGAAAAGUUGGGUUACCAGUAUUGGAAUGGACUGUUUAAAGAUCCUGCUUGGAAACUUUAUUUUAACAAAGAAUUGUAGAAAUCUUUAAAACAUGCAAUGUCAGAACCCCUGCAGACUGGCCUUGGAGACAAACCUGAUCUGUUUGUGCCUCUUCUCGAGGUCCAGAGUGUCUUCAGUGCAGCUUGUGCUGGUAACCCUGUCUGAAGUGCCAGACUUGAUCCCUUGGCAGUGCUGUGCCUGGCUCCACGCUGGCUGUGUUGUCCUAUGGCUGCUGGCAGAGAGUCUCUAAGAUGCAAGCUGCAGACUGCUCCUUAUCUCCCAGGGAUUAAAAUGGCAGGAGGACUGAAGGCAAUUAUGUCACAGCCCUCUGGUCUUGUAGGGGAUUAAAUGCCAAGUUCCACACUGGCAGCAACAGUACCUGUCUGGGAAAUGUAGAGGGAUUUGGCUUUUACCUUCAGCCUCCCCUGAGCCAGCAUGGGCUCAGCAGCUCAAAUGGAGUUUCUGUGCCUUGGGUGCUGUCACAUUUCUAGUUUAACUUGGCUUGAUCUUUUAGUUUAUACCCAUAACCCCAACAGGCAUUGAAACACCAAAAGGACUGAAACUGUGAGGUUAUUUCCCUAAGACUACUUAGCAGAUGGCCACUCAGGAGUUACAAUAAAUUACCAUGUAACACAAGUGAGACACAGGCCUUGCAUUGUCUUCUGAAAUUCCCAUGUUCUAGUUCAAAAUAUUUCUUUCUCCCAGAUCUUAUCACCGUGAAAGCUUUGAGAAUCCUUGUAAUUAACAUACCCUGAGUCCUGCAUGAGCUGAGGAGAGAAGAAAGUAUCCAAUCUCCUUCCACUGCUUUUACACCCUACUGGUGCUGUAGAUGAGCCUGCCAAUACUCUCUUCCAUUGUCCUGUUUCAGAGCACCACUAGUGCUCUUUGCUGUUUAACCUAGGACUGUGGUCCGAACUAAACUCCUGUGCCAUGCCACUGAGGCUUACUGGAUCUACCUGGCUGGAUGAGCAGCACUCAGCCACCAUAGGACUGUAUUUUGUAAUAUUAGCAAGCAGCAGAUGUUCCAAAAGGUAUUUUGUGUGAGUUUGUACUGAACAAGUUUUAACAACCUUUCCUUUUGGAGAAUUUUGUUCUUGACCCAUUUAAAUUAAUUCCUUGCAUUACUAUUAUUAUUAUUAUUAUUAAAAAUUGAAGUACAAGUACUUGGUCCCGUAGGUGUUGUUAAAACACUAUGCACUAUCCUUUUGUAAGUCCUUUUUUUUCUAAGUAUAAGAGUUUAUAUCCCUAACUUUUAAAAAACUGUUUAAUGUAACCAGCCUUCCUCUUCCAUAUAAAUGUUUAAAUUUUUAAUUUUGUGUUUAAUCAAACUAAGCUCUCUGUCUCAAUAUUUUCUGGCAAUGAAAACCAAUGCAGUUUUAUUCUCCACAGCACAUCAUUUCUUUUUAUGGUUCCUGAAUUUAUUGCCUUUUGUUUUUAUCGAAUCCCAUUUGUCCUUGUGUUCUCAGCCAUGAGACAAAGUAAGGAGCCUGGUUUUAUAUUCUCUGUUGUUCAUUACUCUAGAGAUAGUUCUUUUUCUCAGACUGUGGCUUCUCUGUCUCUCUUCAACCCAAACUGUCUAGGUGUCUCAUAACAUGCUGAACUAUCUUUCCAUGUCUUCUCUUUCUGCUGGAUCUUUAAACUUUGGUAACCAGAACUGAAUGCAGUUUGCCAGGGGAGGCUGUGUCACCUGCUGAUUAUUUGAGUACGAUUUUCUAUAGUAGGCAAUGCUGUAAGUGAUUUUAGUGCUGUAUGUCUGUAUGCUGGAGCCAGCCUUAAACUUGCUAGUGCGAUCUUUGUGGCAACCUUGUUAUAAAGGGAUGAAAACCCACUGAGGUUAGUUCUCCCCGUGUCUCAGGCAGGUGCAGCAGUUGCACUGAGCCCACAGCAAUUGCUGCAGGUGUAUCUGGGGACCUCUGGGCAGGGAGCACCUGUACAGCUUUGCCUUGGCUGACAGAGUGGUAGGGCUGGUUCAGUCCACCUUUGCAGCAUCACUCUGUUGGAUGAGGCUAAUGCAGAUACACUGUUUCCAGGAGCUGAGAGCUCAGUCAGUGUUGCUGGUGGCUGCACUGUGCCAUGUGGAUGCUGUGAGACAGUUUCCCAUAGCAGUGUGGCACAUGCUGGUUAUGUGAGAAAGGGAACAUCACUAUGACUGGCUAGGAGCUUUGGCAGAAGGAGAAAUGUGGUUGUGGUAGGGGCCUAAUGAGCAGCUAUUAGUGCUCCAGGUAUCCCUCUUCGAGGGAACCCCCCAGUGCUACAAAGGCUAACCCAGUGCUGGUGUUAUCCUGACCUGCAAUGCCUGCACUGGUGACCAUCCAUGCUUUGGCCAUCUGAAGCUGGAUAAAGAUUUAUCCCUUUGCUGUGGCUGAACACUGUUCUGAUGAUUUCUAUUAAUUAUGUUCUAUGUGGUAAUUAAUCAGGCAGCUGUUUAUUAACCUGAACAGGACGUUGAUUACCCUUGUAAUCCUUGUACACUUGUAGCAGAGAAUAACAGAUCAGUUUUUCAAAGGCAUUAGUGGAGGCAUUGGUGAGGAACCAGGAAUGUAGAUAUUUGCUGUCUCAGGGGUAAGAGACGUAGGUCUGCCUUUUAUCUGUCUUCCUUUUUUUCUGAAGCCAAUAUCCUGAAGUUUCUUCACCCCAAAAGAGCUGAAGUGAUCCAUCAACCACUUGAAGACAGAUUUCCAGAUGUGUAUAUUCAGCAAUCAGUCGAAAGCUUUUGAGAGAUGAACUGCACUGUGGUAUUUAACACUAUCCCUAUAGACUUGCUGGGAGUUCCUUGCAGAUGGAGGGACCAGAAUCACCUCUGGUGGUAACCAACUGCUCCUUGUAGAAUCAGGCACUGUGACCUGGACCAGUGCAUGUCUCCUGGGCUCUAUUUUUACUUGUUUGGGAAAAUAUUUAAUUUUCCACAUCAAGAAGAAAAACCCAUUUGUGUAACAGCCCAUUCAGUCCUAUUAAAAUCCCUUUCUACUGAACAGGGGCUGAGUACCUCUGAAAUCAGUCAAGUGCCAAAACUGUCAUGUCCCUUGGAUCAACACCAAUGGCUCACAAGGUAUGCUAAUAAAUGGAUUAUACUGUGA